AUGAAAGAUCUACUUGACCGACUUCUUCCUCGGGCUUCUUUAUAUGCUGCUGUUACUACUGCGUCCUUCUUUGCCCAUCAAUUGCCUAAUUCUUAUAUUUCAUCUUAUCGCACUAUUCUUGGUGAUACAGCUAAAUCUUCCUUUGUUCUAGCUACUCUUCCUCUUUCUAUUGGUGAUAGAGUAGCCAUUAACUCACAUUCAGGCAGAGUCUCUUCUCUUUCUCCUUUAUAUCUAGUUCUGGAAGAUAAAGAUUGUUCAACUUACAUUCCUACUUCUACUCUUUACAAUACAGUAAUCAAGAAGUUCAAGUAA